AGAAUGGUUGUUGGAUCAGCGACGUACCCAGGAGUGCUUCACAAGAUGCAACCAAUGGGAAUGACUCCCCGUGAGCUGUCAGAGUACGAUGAUUUGGCUACAGCACUUAUAGUGGAUCCAUACCUUGGCAUCAAUACACACAAAAUGAAUAUUCGAUAUAGACCACUAAAAACAAAUAAAGAAGAGCUGAAAACUAUUAUUAAGGAAUUUAUCCAAACACAGGAUUACAACAAAGCAUACACAAGACUGGCAAAUGGUGAAUGGAUGCCAAGACAUUUUAGUAAAAAUAAACACCAGCAGAGCAAACUAAGAGAACAUAUUUAUCGAUAUUUGCGAGUGUUUGAUAAAAAAGCAGGGUUUGUUAUUGAACCUUGUUAUAGGUAUUCUUUGGAAGGUCGAGUAGGAGCCAAGAUUUCAACAACAAAAAUUUUUAAACAUGAGAGGAUAGAUUUUCUUGUUGGCUGUAUUGCUGAAAUGACUGAAGAAGAGGAGAAGCAAUUACUUCAUCCAGGAAAGAAUGAUUUCUCUGUGAUGUACAGCUGCAGGAAAAAUUGUGCCCAGUUAUGGCUUGGUCCUGCAGCAUACAUUAAUCAUGACUGUAGACCUACUUGUACAUUUGAAGCGACUGAUCGUGGCAAGGCUUUUGCUGUGUUGAGAGAUAUUGAAGUUGGAGAAGAGAUUACUUGUUUCUAUGGAGGAUUUUUUGGAAAUGGUAACUGUUACUGUGAGUGUGAGACUUGUGAAAGACGAGGUAAAGGUGCAUUUUCUGUACAAAAUGCACACACUGAGCAAGCAACUAGAUACAGAUUUAGAGAAACAGAUAAUAGAAUAAAUAGAACAAAAGCUAAACAGUCACAAAAAAAUGUGAAUGGCAAAAACCCUGACAAGUCUCGAAUAUCUAGUAGGCAAAAUUCCGACAUUGUUUCGCCCUUAAGCAUGAAGGAAAUGAAACAAAAAGGAUUAACGAAAUAUGAUGCUGAAAUGUUAAUAGCACAAGGGUGUAUCGCAGAUGUUAUUGAUGGCACAGUUAGUAAAGAGGCACAGGGCAGUAGAGAAUCAUCAGCCUCCAGUCGUGGUGAAAGAUUACGACGGCGGACAGACAGCAAUAGAGCAACAAAUGGCAUGACGCUGGCGUCCGCGGCUAACGUCAAACGCCGAGCACCACCAUCACGCUGCUGCAGCACCACUAGCUCACGGAGUAGUCGCGACUCUCAUACAGGCAUAGUUUUAAGAAGUCACAAACGCUUACUUGAUACCUGCUCACAGUCUACUUGUCCUAAACCUAAAAGUACUACAAAGGGUACAGAGGUUAAAAUUGAUAGAAACCUUACCACACCAAAAGAGGAAACAGAGUUGAACGUAUUAGAAGCAAACAAAAUUAAUAUUAAAACUGAACCUACAACUGAAAGUCAAAAAGAGAAUAUUGAUUCUAUUGAAAUGACAAACACACACUUAGAAAAAACGGACAAUGAUUGUGAUACAAAAGAAUCUCUAUUACAAAGAACAGAAUUGAAUAUUACUAAUACAGUAGAAAAGGUUGAAACUUCCAAGAUUAAUUCCAAUGUACAAGAACAAAUGGUUGAAAACAAAAGUGUUAGUGACAAUGCUUGUGUGAAAAGUGAGAUAUAUGAUUUUAGAGAAAAUGUAAACCCAAGUGAAUGUAAGGAUAACAAAACCAACAAAAUUCCAAAAAUAGAAGUUACAAAUAGAACUGAGGAGCCUAGUAAAAAAGAAACAGAUUCAGGACCACCAUGGUUGGCAGAUAAUUCUAAUAAAAGUAGUGAAUGCCCAUGUACCCCUCCACGGCGAGGAUUGAAACUAACAUUGAGGGUGAAAAGAAGCCCUGUUGUAGAGGAAGUCAUGGAUUGUGGUACUACAACAGAGGCAACCGAGUAUGAAGUAUUACGAUUAGAGGGCGUUGACCCCGAGACAGCGCGACGUUUGAAGAAGCGACGCAGGUCUAAGGAACGCCACCGCAAGCACAGCCCCAUCCGUCCUCUGCCUCCAAUGAAACGCUUAAGAUUAAUAUUUGGCAAUGAGACGACUAUCGAUUUGCCAACUGCUAUUUCAGCAGACUGACAGCCGCAACUACCUUAUGGUUAUUUUUCCACCGUUAUUAUUCAAUUAUUAGUUUAAUUGACACUGAUUAGGAUUAUUUUAACUAGUAUUUAUUUUGGUGACGUGAAGUUCUGACAUUUGAGUAAUGUGUGAUAUGCAUCAGAUUUUAAUUUGAUGAUUCCAUAAAAUAUUUAUUAAAACAGAAAUUAGAACGUUUUAUUGAUUUCAUUAGUGCAAAUUCAGUGCAUGAUAACCCAUUUUGUCAGGUAUUUUCACGAUCGUCAAAUAAGUUGGUCUAACUAAACUUAGUGUCUGUUAUAAACUAAUGUUAAUGUGUUGAUAUAAUAAUUAUGUAAAAAACCUUGUAUUUUGUUUAUGGCCAGAUACGACUUAUUUGAAGAGGGUGAAAUAAGUCCUAGUGGAUAACUGCCAUUUGGUAAGAAAAAAAUUUAAAGAGUUCUUUUUGUAAUUGGGUAUGAUUCUUACCAUUUUAAUUUAUAUAUUGACAUUGUUGACUUGCUGCAGGUAGAUCUCAUUGCAUUGUAUAAUUUAUUUGUUCUUGUAUCAAUGUCUUAAUGAAAUGUGUAUAUUGAAUAUGGUAUGGAUAUUUUGAUGAGCAUAGUGAAAUAAAUUCUCUAUUUAAAGAGUAAUAAUUAUUAUUAGUAAUAUGUAGUCAUAAAUCAUCAAUUUGAACAAGGGUGUAGUCUUGAGACAAGUUUCAAUCAUUUCCAAAGUUAGUAAGUCAGGAGAUUGUUUAGGUAUAUGAAAACAGUUGUAUCCAGAAAAAAAUUGGAAUGAAUUAAAUUGAGCUGAAUUUUUAAGAUGAUUCUGAAUAUAAUUUGGUUCUGAAAUUUUCACAGAAACAUGUGAAUAUUGUUAAUAUGUACAGUUUCAUGUUGAUUUUUAAUGUAGUUAUGGGAAUGAAGUAUAGCCUCGACAAGUAUUAUGCUUGUAAAAAGCUGUUCAGCAGUUAAAUGUAGGGACAUAGUUUGUAUAUAACAGUAACAUAAUUAAAAUGUUGAAGUAUUUGAAAUACAUUAAAAUUGCGACAACUUUAGAGUGUGGGUACGAUACAACUUUACGAAGUUACAGAUGAGCAGGAACUGAAUAAGAUCAUGAAUAAAAACAAAAUAUGAAUUAUAAAACUAUCAAAUAUUUAUUUUGUCAGGUCUAGUUGUGUAAACAUGUCAGACUGAAUAACUAUUUCAAUUCAAACCAUGAUAUGUAAGUAAUGAUAUGUAAAUUGUGCUUAUGCUACAAGAUUCAUUGUUUUAGAUCCCAUCAUCAUCAGGCUGAAUAGUAGUAGUAUUUCUUUAAAUCUCAACAAGACCAGACACUGUCAUAUGUACCUACCUCUAAGAGUGGUCAUUCUUACAAAUUGUAGAAUAAUUUGUGUACUUUAGUUAACAAGUAUUGGCUGUUUAGAAAAUUGAUGCACACACCUUAACCAUGUGGCUGGUUCAGUAACUGCAGUUGUUUGUGAAUUGCUGGUUUUAUUGCUAGCUAUUGUGAUAUUCCUCAUUGGAAUAGUGUAUGUAAGAAAUCUGUAAUUUAGACAAAAGCAAGUUGCAUAUUGUUGACAAAUAUGAAAUAUUUUUCAUUUCAUUAAAUAUCACAAUAAAUUGCCUCAAGUUUCUUUCUAA